AUGGAUACGCCCGUCAAAUCGGAUGUCGAGGAUUCGAUGAGUCAAACUGUUCGGGGCUGGCUGGUGGUUUUACCUUCGGUCUUAUUAGUCUUGUUUGAAGGACUAGUCUCACUGAUUACAGCUAAUUUACCAAAGUUUGUUCUGCGCCAGUGCACUGCUGUUGUCAGGUUUCUGUUCGGAGUGGCAGGCGACAAAGGGGCCAAGCUGAACGGUGAUAUCAAAUCUACCGACUACCUGGGAAGAAGGGAGUUGCUACAUGGAGCUUUAGACAUCCAUGAGAUGGCUGGGGUAUUCAAUUUUACCAUUGAGGACCACAUUGUUCAGACCGACGAUAAUUAUCUCUUGACUUUACAUCGUUUGAAUCCUGUGAGUCAUGGAAUUAGGCCGAAUGGUAGAGUGCUCUACUUUCACCAUGGACUGUUGAUGAAUAGUGAAAUUUGGUUAUGCCGUGAAGACGUCCAUGAGAAUUUACCGUUGCAUUUUCUUCUACAAGGUUAUGAUUGCUGGUUGGGAAACAACAGAGGAAACAAAUAUAGUGGAAAACAUCUGAAAUACAAGCCGUCUCAACGUGAGUUUUGGGAUUUCAGUAUUGAUGAGUUUGUUAGAUUUGACAUACCAAACAAUGUUGAUUACAUCUUAGAGACCACAGGGAAGGAAACCGUCUCCUAUAUUGGGUUUAGUCAAGGUACAACUCAGAUUAUGGCUGCAUUAUCUGUAAACGUUGCCUUGAAUUCCAAGAUUGACAAGUUGUGUGUUAUAUCUCCAGCAACUACACCAAGAGGAUUGAAUAAUGGGUUACUCAAUUCAAUUCUUCACUUUUCACCCAACUUGAUGUAUCUAUUGUUUGGCAGAAAUAUCCUGUUUGCCCAUGCCGGCCUGUGGGCACAGGUGAUGUAUCCUAAACUGUACUUGAUAUCGAUCGAUAUUGCUACUAAUUUCCUUUUUGGCUGGAAGAACGAGAACAUGGAUGAGGCAGAUAAAUAUGUGAGUUACUAUCAUCUUUACUCUACCACCUCAGUCAAGACGGUCGUCCAUUGGUUUCAAAUCAUGAAUGGUGCACGAUUGACAAUGUACAAAGACUCAAGCAGUCUUGGUGCUAAUUUUUACACACCCGAAUACCCUACUAGAACAAGUUUGGCUGUGCCCACUAUAAUAAUAUAUGGAACCGGAGAUUCCUUAGUUGAUAUAGACCAGAUUCGCCAACAGCUUCCCAGAAAGUAUCUUAAAAAGGUGGUCGGACUGGAGGGUUAUGAGCAUUUGGACUUAAUCUGGGGUAGACGUGUAGGCGAUGUGAUAAAAAGCGUCGGUAAGUUCCUACAUUACAAUGAACUGGAUGGGGAAAGCGGAAAAUCCAUUAUAAUAAAUACAUAA